AUGGGAAAAGAUCGGACUGCGAAAAGAAACAAAGGACGUCAUGAACCGCUCUAUGUACAGAUGGAGGAGGAUGGACGACUAUCGAAAAAGUCUCCGAGAGCAAAGUUUCAAGCCAAGAAACAGAUAAAAUCCGGAGAUGAUGAAUACAUUGACCCGAGACUGUCGCGUAAAAUUUUACAAAUAGCACGCGUACAACAGGAGGAGCUGGAAACAGAAGACGGAUCAGAUAAUCUCCUUGCGGAAAGAUUUGUCUCGGCAGAUGUAAAACAUGAAGACAGCGAGGAAGACUUUUCGGAAGAUGAGGAUUUCGACUAUGAGGACUUGGAAGUGGAAGAAGAGGAUCAAGAAAUUCUAAAUAAAUUUCUUCCGAGUGCGCCGACAGAACGACGGACCUUGGCAGAUAUAAUAAUGGAGAAAAUCGAGGCAUAUGAUAGGGAGAAACAACAAUUAUCUACGGGUGAAACUAUAACACCUCCCGGACUAAGUCCAAAGAUAAUUGAAGUUUAUUCAAAAGUCGGGACUCUUCUGAAGAGAUACAAAUCAGGCAAACUACCAAAAGCUUUUAAAAUUAUUCCCUCGUUAAGUAAUUGGGAAGAAAUAUUGUAUCUUACACGUCCCCAAGAGUGGACACCUCACGCGACAUAUGCAGCAACUAGGAUAUUUGUGUCUAAUCUAAAACCUAAACCAUGUCAGAGAUUUUUAGACUUGGUUCUUCUUGAUAAGGUGCGAGAUGAUAUUCAAGACAAUAAGAAGCUCAACUAUCAUCUUUAUAUGGCAUUGAAGAAAUCUUUGUACAAACCGGCAGCAUUUUUCAAAGGGAUUCUAUUUCCAUUAUGUAAAUCAGGCACAUGCACAUUACGAGAGGCGGCCAUAAUUGGAAGUGUUAUUUCUAAAGUGAGCAUUCCUGUCCUUCAUUCAUCCGCGGCUCUUUUGAACUUGGCAGAGAUGGAUUAUACCGGACCAAAUAGUUUAUUUAUCCGCAUUCUUCUGGAUAAGAAAUAUGCAUUACCGUAUAAAGUGGUAGACGCGCUGGUAUAUCAUUUUAUGAGAUUUAAAAACGACGAGAGAACAAUGCCUGUCUUAUGGCAUCAAUCAUUUUUAGUCUUUGCGCAACGAUAUAAGCAAGACUUGACCCCAGAUCAAAAAGAUGCACUCCUGGAAGUGCUUAAAUACAAGUGUCACGAUCAGAUAACACCUGAAAUUCGCCGCGAGAUAGUUAACUCAGUUGCUAGAGGGGAGAUAAUUCCAGAAGCCAAACGAACAAAGAAGGUCGGAGUAGUCGGUAAAUACGGCACUCGUUAUGGUGCAUCACUAAGAAAGCAGAUAAAAAAAAUGGAAAUCACACAACAUCAGAAAUAUACUUGCACAUUCUGCGGUAAAGACACAGUUAAAAGAAAGGCUGUCGGCAUCUGGGAGUGCAAGGCUUGUAGAAAAGUGCUUGCCGGUGGUGCUUGGACCGUUUCUACCACCGCGGCCGCUACUGUCAGAUCAACGAUCAGACGUUUGCGUGAAUUGGCAGAAUCUUAA